AUGUUCAAGGCUUCCCUCCCGCGACACGCCCGUCUGGGCAAUGUCGUGUGUCGCCAACUAUCAACAUUUUCCUGCGUAAGACCUUUGCGCCUCCAGUCUCUGCAGUCUUCCGGACAACAGCUCAGCGCCUCCCGCACUCCUCUUCGAUCAGUCUGCCUACGCUCCAUCGCAACGAGACUCUACUCCUCCGAGGCCGCCGCCGCAAGGCAACAAGAUGCCAACCCCGACGCCAAAGCCGGUUCGCAACUAAUCACAAAGUUUGCCGAUCUGUCGCAGCUGGGUGUUCACCCUGCCCUCGUCAGCGCCAUCACCGAUGGAAUGAGAUACGAGGACAUGACUGACGUGCAGUCCCUUACCAUCAACCCGGCACUGCGCGGUACUGAUCUGGUUGCGCAAGCCAAGACUGGUACUGGAAAGACUCUUGCCUUCUUGGUUCCCACACUCCAGCGUCUUUUGGCAGAAAUCCCCGAGCUCGCCGACCGGAGGUCUAGCCGACGUGCCUCAUCCGAUGAUGUGAAGGCCAUCAUCAUGUCACCUACACGUGAGCUGGCUGAGCAAAUCGGUGUCGAGGCCAAGAAGCUGGUCAGAAAUACCGGCAUCGUUGUGCAGACAGCCGUUGGUGGUACUAGAAAGCGGGAGUCUCUGAUGAAGAUGCAGCGCGAGGGUUGCCACAUCCUCGUCGCGACUCCUGGUCGCUUGGAGGAUCUUCUGUCUGAUGAGUAUUCUGGAGUGGCUGCCCCGAACUUGAAGGCCUUUGUUCUUGACGAAGCCGACCGCAUGCUCGAUGUCGGAUUCUCCGAUGCCAUCCGCAACAUUCUCGACCUGCUUCCGCCCGUCUCCAAGGUGGAUCGCCAGACUCUCCUCUACUCGGCCACCAUCCCUCGUAAUGUCGUCCACUUGGCCAAGAGCUUGGUCAAGACAAAUAACUUUGAGUUUGUCCAGACCAUUUCAGCCGACGAUGCACCAACCCACGAGAGAGUUCCUCAGUACAUUGUCCCCUGCAAAGGAUAUGAGAAUUGGUUCCCUGCCAUCAUGGAAAUUGCAGAAAAGGCUCGCGAGGCUGCCGAGAACGACCCGUCAGUCGCUCCUUUCAAGGCAAUGGUUUUCUUCUCCAACACGGCCGUUGUUGAAUUCGCGUACAGCACCUUUUCCAACACCAAGCUUGGCGGUUUUAGUGGCGUGCCAAUCUGGGAUAUUCACUCCAAGCUUAACCAACCCCAGCGUACCAGACAUGCUGAUGCGUUCCGUCGCUCCAAGACUGGUAUCCUGUUCUCAUCAGACGUGACAGCUAGAGGUAUGGAUUUCCCCGGUGUCACACACGUCAUUCAAGUUGGUCUUCCCCCGGACCGUGACCAGUAUAUCCACCGUGUUGGACGUACCGGCCGUGCUGGUGCUUCUGGUGAAGGCUGGCUGCUACUGGCCGAGCCCGAGAUCGCUGAGGCGCGUGCCCGCCUGCCUGGCUUGCCCAUCAAGCCCAAUCGCUCUCUGGUCACUCCCGCCGUCGAUCUUGCCACAGGCCAAAUCCCUGAGGAGACGGCCAGGUAUUUCAAUGACGUUGAGAAGGGCUAUAGCAAAACUCGCUCCGGUGAGUUCGCUCAGGCUUACCAUUCUUUGCUCGGUCAGAAGUUUGGCAGGAAACUUGAUGUCGCGGAUGCCGUUGAGCUUCUCAACAGGUGGAGCGAAUACGGCUUGAAGAGAGAACAAGUCCCUGCCAUCACCCCCCAGAGUGCCAGCAAGCGGGGUCUCGCCAGAAUCCCCGGCGUCAGAAUUGGUCACGACACCGAGCAGUCUUACGGCCGCGAUGACCGCUUUGGUGGUAGAGGAGGCUCCGGUGGUAGAGGAGGCUUCGGUGACAGGGGAGGUUCUGAUUCCAGAGGGGGCAACCGUGGCGGCAACCGUGGCGGCAACCGUGGCGGCAACCGUGGUGGCAACCGCCGUGGCAACUCUUUCGAGGACAAGUUCGCCUCGCGGGAAUCCAAUGACCGUCAGUCCUUUAGCCGAUCUUCCUUCUAA